AUGGAUCUCAAGGCCACACUCGAUGAUAAGUCGGCUUUCAACCGAGCGAUUUCGAUGUGCUUUAGGGGAUUGGCCGUCAUUAUGUCUUCCCCUAUGACACAGAUCAAUCCAUUUCCAGCUGCUAGGAAAUUUAAGAACGAAGUCUCGGAAAGCAUCAGGUUCCUUCGGGAGACAGGACGUCGAUGCAUCGAGGAGAGACUACGAGCCAUGGAGAAACAGGAGGAGGUGCCCAAUGACAUACUGACGCACAUCCUGAAGGAAAUUGACCAGUUUAAGGGGGACGGGCAAUUCGAUAUGGAAGGUUUGGUGGAUGAGUUUCUAACGUUCUUCAUCGCAGGUCAAGAGACAAGUGCCAAUCUCCUUAGCUUCACAUUGCUGGAACUUGGUCAUCACCCUGAGAUUAUGCACAGGCUGAAGACUGAAGUGGAGGCCGUUUUGGGGGACAAGGAAUAUCUGGAGUACACUGACAUCAGUCAACUCACGUAUAUGAUGCAGGUGUUCAAAGAGGUCCUUCGGCUGUGGCCACCAGCAGUUGGGACUUCGAGGGAGCUCUCAUGUGACGUCACGGUCAAGGGUUACAAGGUACCUAAGGGAAGCAUAGUUGUGGUCAACACCUACGUUAUGGCGAGAAUGGAGGAGUAUUUUCACGACCCAUUGCAGUUUGAUCCCGAUCGCUUCAAGGCCAGUGAUGACAAAUCACAAUAUGCAUAUUUCCCCUUUUCACUGGGACGCCACAACUGCAUUGGCCAGCAGUUUGCAUUGAUCGAGGCUCGACUUUUAUUGGCCAGAUUGCUUCACAAAUUCAACUUUGACCUGGUGCCAGGACAAGCUCACGAGAUACUAGACGAGGUCACUCUGAAACCGAUGGGCAGAUGCAGGAACUACUUACGUCUUGUGGAAUAGACACGUGGGAGCUCAAAAACAGUCGCAUAUCUCACAAUUAUACCAAUUACUCAACAAAAGAAUACGGGCAGUUUCAUAUUGAGAUGUUAAAUUUGAGGAAGACUUUGGACUUAGCCCGGAGCUUAAGUUUGAAAUCAGUGGUCUGUAGUUUAAUAAAUUGUUAGACCACAUACUACGGUGUAUUAUUUUACAAGCACCGCUAGAAUGAACUUAAGAAUUGGAUUUUACAUAAUUUUUUUUUCAAAGUUCUCUUAAGGUUUGGUAAUACAUGUAUUAAAGCUGCAUUUUAGGCCUUUUUACGUUGAUACCAGGUAAAUUAUUCUUCCCUCUAAUCGCAUUUUGUUUCAGUUCGAGAGGGCUAUUAUAGAACCGUAAUCUUAUAUUCCUUUUGGAAAAUGUUUUCCGUGAUGGUGUUAUUAGUUGAUUGUUUUUAAAGGCUAUAACUAUUCAAACUAGGCGUGGUGAUAUUUAAAACCAGAUUUGGAUCUUGCUCUUAGAGAGGCACGUGCUGAAAUCGAAUCAAUUCGGUCGCUAACUGAACAAUGUAUGUGUAUGUAACUUCGUGAAUUUGAGCUCAUUAAUAGUGUGGUUUGGCAAAACUAUACUCGGGAAGAGGUAAAUGCGCGCAACUUUACGGUCUAAUGGUAGCCAUUGUAAUCAUUUGUAAUUGAUUGGGUACAAACAUCUGCAACAAUUAAAUUACCUGUUUGUCGCAAACAAUGAAUUGAUCCUCUUUUACUCGCUCUGUUGACGAAUAUAAUAUAGGCUAACAUUUAAAAUUGUUGUUAGUACAGUGAUCAUUAGAUAAUCCUUGUUGAGUUAGUUAUUAUCCAUGUGAUCAGUCAGUCCUGGGUCAGAUUUGACCCGAAAAAGGGUCAUGUAGGGCCUGAC